UUAACUGAUCUAUUUUGAUAAAGACCACGAAUAACACUUGUUCCUUUUUCACUCUGUCACGCAAAACAAAUGGUUAGGAGAGUUUGUUACAUAAUAGCAUGGAAAGGCAACAUACUGUUUUAUAGUAUCAGCGUUGGACCUGGUUUCUAACAAUUAGAGGUUUUCUUUAGAAUACGUCAUAGCACGUAAACAGUCAAAUUACUAACAUACAACAUGGGUCAUAAUUUGGUAUGACAAAUUAUUGACACUUCAUUAAGAGCAGGUGUAACAUUACCAGCUGCUUUUGAAGUCACUGCCAGUAUUGCUAUUUUUAACUCGAAGUCCUAGUACCACCUGCCUCUUCCCAUGGCCAGACCACAGUGUUGUAAAUAAUCAAUACUGAUAACAGUAUGGAGGCACCAUUUGGAGGCAUGAGUGAGGAAGGUUAUAAGAGUUCACUGUCUUUGUUCCAUCCCUUCUGUGGAUGAGACUGACUUCUGUCAACAUGACUACCCCUCUGUUCACCGCUCUGUCCUUCCUGGCUGUGUUGGCCCUUGGGUCAUGUCUACCUACCUUGCCUGAGGAGCAGCCCUAUGUGGAGCAUGCUGGUAUUCAGUACAGCGCUAGGCCUUACACCUCCCUCCUCACCGUGCCCAAUGGAGAGCAGUUUGGGAACUGGACCUGGCCCGAGAUGUGUCCCGACAAGUUCUUUGCCGUUGGGUUCAUGCUCCGGGUGGAGUCCGAACAGUACGGUCUGGACGACACUGCCCUGAAUGGCAUUCGCUUGAUCUGCGCUAAGGACGAAGAUAUGAGCUUCUUGUACACCAUUGAGUCUCACACUGGAUUCUUUGGUGACUGGUCGGACCCUCAGUAUUGUCCCAGGGGUGUGCUGACUUCCUUCCAGCUGCGUGUGGAGCUCCACCAGGGUAUGUUCGGUGACGACACAGCCGCCAACAACAUCAGGUUCCGCUGCAGCAGCAACCCCACCCUCACAGGCGCCGGCCUGGACUACGGCGAGUACAGCCUUUGGAGCCAGGAUUGUGGCGAUGGAGGAAUCUGUGGCAUCGAGACYAAGAUGGAGGAAUACCAGUACGGUCUGGAUGACUCAUCUCUCAAUGACGUGCGCUUCCACUGUUGCGCCAAACUCCAGCAGGGAUCCUAG